AUGGGUUACACACCGGACGCUGGCGUAAUGAGCUCUUCGCUCAUUACGUUUUCUGUCGCUACAACACUCGUAAUAUGUCGCCUUGUGUCUCGAAAGAUCACAAGUGUAGUCUUGUGGUGGGACGAUUAUUUCUGUAUGACUUCUUGGGUGAGGGCUACUGUGAUGGGCUUAGGUCAUCUGAAGGCAGAUGUUUCUAAGCCACCCGAGAAGGUUGAGGAGUAUGCUCGAUUCGGGCUUUUUAUGGCCGAGUUCCUAUACGCAAUGUCGCUGGGAUUCUCCAAGCUGGCAAUCCUCGGCUUCUAUUGGCGCCUGUUCAAUGUCUCCAACAUCCGACUAGGAAUCUACAUCCUCCAGGGAAGCACUGUGAUCUGGCUCACCAUCCGAACCUUCAUGACCAUCUUCCACUGUAUCCCAGUCCAGGCAUACUGGAAUCACAACAUCAAGGACGCUGUCUGCAAAAUCGACCCCGCCAAAUUUAUGUUUGGCACAACCCUUGUCCAUCUAUUCCUUGAGAUAGCUGUCUUAUCGCUGCCUGUGUUUCAGGUCAAGGCCCUCAAGCUUCGCCUGGGUCAGAAGAUUGCUGUCGUCGCUAUGUUUAUGUUCGGUAUCUUUGUUUGUGUCGCUUCAAUUAUCGUUCUUGUCGAGGCAAUCACACUGAAUCCCAAGACAACGGAGAUGGCAAAGGAUAUCAGAGGAGUUAUUAUCUGGGCAGGCACAGAGGCUUACCUGGCUAUCAUCUCUUCCUGUCUCCCCAUCAUCAGACCUGUCUUCCGCAGGGUCAUAUCCAGCUCGAUACUCAGCUCCAAAUCCAACUCAACUGGUCCCAACCCUAUCAGUGGCUUGACCAGUAGCAGGGGCAUCAAACUUAGCAACAUUGUACGAAAAAAGGAAAUGAACGACAACAGUUCACAGCGACAGUUGGCCGACCUUGAGGACGGGUCAUCUGGCGACAUGGACUUCCAUUCCUAUCCGGAGCGUGGUGGCCAUAACAAUACUAUUAUUACAACCGGCGCUGAUGAGGUUCCCAACAACACGGAUAGGGCAUAUGGCAUCCAAGUGAAGAAUGAGACUAAGGUAUAUUAUGAAUCAUCAUAG